AUGCCUGAUUCAUCGUCAGAGCAUAAUCAUUUGAAAAGUCCCUCUUCUCCCCGGGUAUCUUCUAAACUGGCGAUCUUCAAUAUGCUCGAAACGGAUAGUGAUGUAGAAGAGGGGGGGUAUGGUGAGGACUUGGACGGUUUGGUGGAAGAACCAAGUGAUAUGCUUCCAGAAGCAGCUCUUCUAUCAGAUGAGGCAUCCGGCCUCGAGACCCCUAUGUCACAAAGUGGAAUGCUAGCUCGGGACAAGCAGAAGAAAACGGCAUAUUUCGAUUAUCUAGCAGAGAAGGAGAUGAGCCAGGCAGAUUCGAAACUGUUCUUUCAGCGUAGCCAAUUGGAAGGCCAUAAGGCCGGUGGCGGCAGCAGCAAUUGGGGUAAUUCUCAGAAGUCUGCAGUUCCUAGUCCUGUAAUGAAGCCCAAAUCUUUCUCUAAUGUCAUAGACUCUGAACAAGGAGGUUUGCAUAGAUCUGAGAGCGGAGCUUCGGCAACGAGCGCACAAAAUCCAGCACAAGUCGGCAAAUUCAAAGCUGCUCCUCCUAUUGGCCUCGCAGAUCUUGGGAAGCAUCCAGAAAGUGCCGUCGUCCAAGAACCGAGUCUUGCUGCGGGCCCUUUUGCUCACACUCCUGGGGCACACGGUCAUAGACGAGAAUCCCUACUUAGAGCAGAUCAAGAGGCUAGAGAUCAUGCGGCUCAUUCACAACUUCCACAUGAACAUAAACCGUUAUUGGAAACGGAAGGACUGCAUGGUGCAGGUGCAGGUGUUGGUCUUGGUUCCGGCGCAGGUGGCUUCGCAAACUCCGACGCCCACAUAACUGCGGAGCUCGCAUCUAUCUACACUAAUAUCCAGAAGGUGAUAGAUAUUAGGCAUAAAUACAUUCGUUUGUCUUUACAAGAAGAUGGCGAUAAUCCUAAAGAUGAUCCCAAUUGGAGUAUCUAUCCACCACCACCAGAGCCAUCCUGGCAGAACGAGAGACCUAAAGAGUCAGCGACAAAUGCAAAAAAUAGUACAACUAAUAGUAUGGCAAACAGCACGGUAUUACCACCCCAAGCUGAAGGAUAUGGCCACCAGCGGAAUCUUAGUGGUGCAGCCGCAGGACUGGCAAAUCCUCAAGCCACUAGUAUCCCCAAAACUCCUCUGCGUAAGCGAAAACCUGGACAAGAUAUUGGUUCCGAUUUUGCAAUGGAAGAUCUUCUCCCUCUUCCCCCACAUGGAGAGAUGACCUUCCGACUGGAUGGGAGUGGAGUAUUCCAAGUUUACGAGAACUCAAAACUUCAGGAGCUUGAUACACCAGUAAUCAACAUACCUGAUAUUAGAGAAUUUUACAUGGAUUUGGAACAGGUGCUAAACAUCUCAUCUGAUGGUCCAAGUAAAAGUUUCGCUUUUCGUCGCUUGCAGUAUUUGGAGGGUAAAUUUAACCUGUACGUCCUUCUCAACGAAUAUCAAGAAAUGGCGGAUAGCAAACGUGUGCCGCACAGAGAUUUCUACAAUGUUAGAAAGGUCGACACUCACGUUCAUCACUCCGCUUGUAUGAACCAAAAGCAUCUACUACGAUUCAUCAAAAGUAAGAUGAAGAAGAACCCUGAUGAAAUUGUCAUGUACAGGGAUGGUAAGCAUCUCACUUUAGCUGAGGUUUUUCAAAGUAUCAACUUGACUGCUUAUGAUUUGAGUAUUGAUACUCUUGAUAUGCACGCUCAUACCGAUUCUUUCCAUCGAUUCGACAAAUUCAACCUGAAAUAUAAUCCUGUUGGAGAGUCUCGAUUGAGAACGAUUUUCUUGAAGACGGAUAAUUUCAUCAACGGAAGAUAUCUGGCAGAGAUCACCAAAGAGGUCAUGUCAGAUAUUGAAUCCAGCAAGUAUCAAAUGGUUGAAUGGCGGAUUUCCAUCUAUGGAAGGACUAUCGACGAAUGGGAUAAGCUAGCAGCAUGGGUUGUUGACAACAAACUAUUCUCACACAAUGUUCGAUGGCUUAUCCAGGUUCCUCGAUUGUUUGACGUGUACAAAUCUAGUGGAUUGAUGGAGAAUUUCGAGCAAGUUAUCAUUAAUCUUUUUCAGCCACUUUUCGAAGUAACAAAAGAUCCUUCCAGUCACCCAAAACUCCAUGUCUUUCUUCAGCGAGUCAUUGGGUUUGAUAGUGUGGAUGAUGAGAGUAAAGCUGAGCGAAGAUUGUUCAGAAAAUUUCCAGUACCAAAGGUAUGGGAUUCAAAGCAGAAUCCUCCCUAUAGCUACUGGAUCUACUACCUUUUCGCCAAUGUUUCUUCAUUGAAUGUAUGGCGUAAACAACGUGGCUUCAACACAUUCUUACUACGACCUCAUUGUGGAGAAGCUGGUGAUACUGAUCAUCUGGCUGCUGCAGUUCUGUGCUGCCAUAGCAUCAGUCAUGGUUUGUUGCUUCGAAAAGUACCAUUGCUACAAUACAUCUUCUACCUCGAGCAAAUUGGAGUGGCAAUGUCUCCCUUGAGUAACAAUGCGCUGUUCUUAGCAUAUGAGAGAAAUCCUUUCCUUUCAUAUUUCAAGCGAGGUCUUAAUGUCUCUCUUUCCACCGAUGAUCCUCUCCAAUUUGCCUUCACAAAAGAGCCACUCAUCGAGGAAUACUCUGUCGCUGCACAGAUUUACAAGCUUAGCGCGGUGGAUAUGUGUGAACUGGCUAAGAAUUCAGUCGUACAAAGUGGAUAUGAGCAUUCUGUCAAGCAGAGAUGGUUAGGUCCAGACUAUGACCUCCCUGGUGUAAAGGGGAAUACUAUGGCAAAGAGUAACGUUCCAAAUAUUAGGGAAGGUUUCCGACAUGAGACCUUGAUGCAAGAAUUAUCCAUGAUUGAACGCUACACCGCUUCGACGGUUCCAGUGAUCGAAACAUCAGUAGAAGCAGAAGCAAAUCCCUUCUUGCUGGGGCCACGACCAUACUCGCCAACAUCGUCCAUGAAAGCUUCUGCUAGCGUGGCAGAUCAUGGUUCUUCGCAACAAUACCAGCAAUAUCCUGCUCAGGCGGCCCGCAUUCUCCCGUCUCAUUCUCAACUACAUCUAGACUCCCAUAUCAAAUCCCACCAGAAAGGCACAGAUAGUCCAUCUGGUUACGCUACCCCAAACCAACACACACAACCAAAUUCUUUGUACAACUCGCCACAUUCAGCUAAUAAAGGACGGGAAAAGUCUUGGGGAAUAGAAUCGGGCUUCAGUGAUCUGCAUCUAUCUGGCAGUGAACCGAGAAUAUUUCCGGGUUUGGUCAGUAGAAAACAAAGGAGAGAGAGCAUCAGAAAGAACAGUGUGACAGAGAGUGAUGAGCAUGCUUUGAUGAUGUUAAAGAGAGGUACCGAUAACAAGAGUGUGACGACAUUGGAUGGAAAGUUAGAUGAGGAAAGCGAUGUGCAAGACAGUAAUGUAGACAAUGAUGAUGCUGUCGAUUCGAAUUGA